UUUGGGUCUAUGUGGACCCUAACAGUAAACGUAUUACAGCAAUCUUAGCAGUUUGCUGAAUGUAUCAACUCCUACGGGCCCAUCUUGCUGCGGGUCUGGCAUGGCAAGGUCAUAGUCAUCACCGGCAGACACCAGGAAUCGAAGAGAAAGGAGGUGGUCUGCCAGCGGAUCGCCCUCGUAUGGUUGCAGCAGGAGAAAUUUCGUCUUGUGGGCUGCGCAUGACCCUUGCACCCGCAGGAGAGCAUUUCUGAAGACUUGGGCAGUGCACACUCAUCCAGGUCUUUGGGGGAAGGUUGUAGACUCAUAUGCGCCCAUCCAGACAGACGCCACCCGUGAUGUCGACAUGUCAUCCUUGACAUCCUUGAAAACCAUAAAGGACAUUAAGCAGUUGCAAAUCGACACCGCCCUGCGUGUCACAUAUGGAAAGUCCACGCCACACCCGGGAUCAUCGACAUCCACAAAAUAUUCAAGCACUUCCAGACGUUCAUGUGACCUGGGGCUUCGACUCCCAGUUGUUUGUAGCUUUCGCACGAAGAAAUGGCCUAUGGAUUACUCCGGCUCAGACACGACUGCUGUGGCGAUCAUGUAUGUCGUCAUGUCUUCCCCAUGUUAUACUGAGGCACAAGAGAAAGUGUCACAGCAGCUGGAUAUCGUCGUUGGUCGUGACAGAGGUAUGCUGAAGCUCAUAUUAGUGAACAAAUUUCAACUCUUGUAUUUGCUCACUAUGCUUCGGCCGAUAUCAUUUAUAAAGGCAUAAUAUUGUUUCGUGAUUCGUCAGUCUCAUCCAAGCAUCAGUUUGCUGAUUCCUUCUUGGUUCCAUUCCCCAGUACUUCUCGACGCGUGCAACACCCGGCCUCCCGAGCGCAGUGGCAAAAACGGAAUUGACUUCGCCUGGAUCGAUCGGGUCAACUCUUGAAGCC